CAACGUUGGAAUUGAUCUCCUUGGAUUUUUUAGGAACCCAUUUUACACAGAGUUUGCUACUGCAGCAACACGUGUUGGUUUAGCUUUGUGUGCUUCUUCUGACGCACAAAUUCAGGGCCUUUUCCAGCAGAGUUUGUUGUGAGAUCACAGGUCGGGAGGAUGACCGCUCGAGUGGAUUUCUCGUUGAUUGCUGCUUUGUUGUAUCUGUUCGGAUACUUGAGCAUCGCUCAUGCUAUUCAAAGACGUAACACAGUGGAUGGUUUUUGUCCGGCGACGCUGACGUUCGUGCCGGCCCGUCGAGGAUGUUCUUCUGAUGAAGACUGCCCUGGAGGACACAAAUGCUGUCGAUUUGACUGUGGGCCUGUUUGUGUGCUGCCUGUUUUCAUGAAGCCGGGUCAGUGUCCCUUACCAGAGAUGAUCCCACUGUGUGCUGAAAGCUGUUUCCAUGAUGGCCAGUGUCCUGCCACACAGAAGUGUUGCCCAACUACCGGUGGCUUUGCAUGCAGCGAACCACGUGGUCAGGGAAGAGGUCAGAUGAGCUGUCAGGGACAUGGACCGGUUCGUGGACAGGGCCAAGGAAGCGGACAAGGCCAGGGCCAGGGACAAGGCCAAGGACAGGGCCAGGGCCAGGGACAGGGUCAGGGACAGGGUCAGGGUCAGGGCCAG